AUGGAUUCCCUUACGGAUGUUCUGGUGACGGCGGACAGUUUACACGAUUCCACGCUAGAGGGUGAUUGGGAUGAAGCUUUGACGAUAUACAAAAACAAAGUGAGUAUUAUUCACGAUAAACCGAUCAACAACGCCGGCGACACAGUGUUGCAUGUGGCGGUGGAGGACUACAGAGGAGAUAUGGUGGAGAAGCUAGUAAUGGAAAUCACGAGAAGUGGGUCGUUGUCUGCGCUGGGAAAAAUGAAUGAUCGAGGAGAUACCCCACUGCACUGUGCAGCAUCAAUAGGGUCCCUCGAGAUGUGCAAGUGCAUCGCCGAAGCUCAACGGGACGCCCAACUGAUUGAAGCUCGCAACAAGAGAGGGGAGACUCCUCUCUUCUUGGCCGCUCUUCACGGCCAUAUGGAUGCUUUGCUUUACCUCCACUCUCGUUGCCCCGACCCAACUGCGCGCCUCUGGAGAAGAUCCAGAGCGAUGGAGAGAAUAUCCUUCACUGCACCAUCCGCCGAGACCACUUUGAGUUGGCAUUUCAAAUCAUUCAUCUUUACGGAGGGAGCGGAUGCAGAAAACCCAAGUUCCGACGGAUAUGAAAAUGUGCCGCCAAAUUAUUGGACAUGUUUUGACAUUUUCGCGCGUGCAUUCACCUUUGUUAUUCGGCCUGUCGUUACCCUUGGUAUGCACUCUCCAUCUCUACCUAAUUAUUCCUCCGGUUCCAAAUAUAAAACCUACUUUAUGACGCCAAAAUUAAUAUUCACUGGAACUACCGAAGGAGAUUCCACUGCGCCAUAUUCAUUGGAUUUAUCUGCAGGCGACGGAGAGAAGGAGGAAGAAUGGGACAGGAAGGAGUCGGCAUUAUUUAUAGCAGCGAAAAAUGGAAUUUUGGAAAUACUGGAGAAAAUUCUGAAGGAUAAACCAGGGGCUAUCCAUGAAACCAACUCGAAAGGCCAAAAUGUGUUGCAUAUAGCAGUCGAGUACAGGCAACCCUAUGUUUCUAAGCUUCUCAAGCAGCAGAGGCUGUGGCAUAAACUCCUUCAGUCGGUGGAUUUCGGUGACAAUAAUAUAUUGCACAUGGCGGCAAAGUACGAAUCGCAGUUUCAUCGGGGCCCUAGUGCCUUGCAGAUGCAACAUGACACCAAGUGGUAUAAGCAUGUGAAAUCGUUGGUGCCAUCCUACGCAGCAUUCCUUAAAAACCGAGAAGGUAAAACUCCAGAAGAAGUCUUCUUUACAUAUCAUAAAGAUCUUGUCGAAAAGAGUGAUGAAUGGCUUAGUCGUACAUCUGAAUCCUGCUCAGUGGUGGCCGCGCUGGUUGCCGGAGUUGCCUAUGCAACAUCAACCACUGUACCCGGUGGCAACGAUGACAAGACCGGCAAACCAACCUUAGAAAGACGUCCUGGAUUUGAUAUUUUUGCGAUCUCUGCACUCAUGGCACUCUGCUUCUCUGUCACUGCACUCAUCUUGUUCCUUUCCAUCCUGACCUCACGAAAACAACCCGCUGAUUUUAUGAAAAAAUUGCCUUUGAAACUUUUUUCGGCCUUAAGCUCACUGUUUCUGUCCAUUAUCUCAAUGUUCAUCUCUUUCUGCGCUGCGCAUUCCUUUGUGCUUGAGGACAAGUCCAAGAACUCAGUAGCGCUCAUCCUCUAUUGUAUCGUUUGUCUUCCUAUUUCCUUCACAAUUCUAGAAUUUCCACUCUACAUGGAUCUUUUCAGAGAAGCACGCUAUGAUGAUCCAGAGAAACGUGUGGCUUCUGAACCCAUUGAGAUGACCCAAGAAUUUCGCUAUUUCGAUUUUGCUAGUCCUUGGGAACAGCGUAGCGACGGAUGA